AUGGCGGACAGCAAGCGAAACAGUGUCGCUGGAAAGAUUGCGGUUCCCAAGGCCGCUGGGACGCCUACCCCGUCGUCCGCUCCGCCUAUGAUGGACCAACUGGAGGCGUUAGGAAAGAGCAUUGGCGCAAGAAUCAAGAUCACGACAGCUGCACCGCACUCGCAGACCUACGAAGGCACUCUAUUCACUGCUUGUCCCACCCUGAACAUCGUUGCGAUCGACACGCGCAGCAACUCGGCGCAAGGCUCGACCGCCCAGCCUGGAGACUACCAUAUGUUCACUUUAUCAAAGAUUCAAUCAUUCCAGGUGCUUUCAACGGCAGACACUGGCAAUGCGGGGAACAGCAUUGUGACUGCUCCGAUCGCGCCAGUCGAUACGAAGCGCUUGCAGCAGAAAGCACAAGCGCGAAUCGACAAGCUGAAAGAAGCAGAACGCGACCAGGGGAAAGGUGUCAGCAAGGAAGCGCAGGCCAUCUUCGACUCGCUUAAGCGAAUUAAUAUGCCCGUCCGGUGGCACAUGGACCAGAUGAUAGUUCACGAUGCCAUCAUCAUCACUCCGCCCUAUCGUGUCGAGGACUGCAAGGCUCCCAAGGAGAAGCAAGAGGUCCUGAUCAGGGUCAAAAGGGUGCUUGAAGGCGAGCGGAAGAAGCUCAAGGAGAAGGAGGAUCGGGAAAGGAAGGCUGCCACCCCGGUAGGACCGAGGAAGGGAGGCUGA